UAUCUGACAUGCUAUAAAUCUGCCUGCAAGGACCGCUACCAAUACAGCCUACAUUAUUAAUUAAAUGGAUUAGUUUCGGGCAUAUUAGCCAACACUUGUUAAUAUAGGCUACGUGUAAUCACAAAAGCAGUUGUUAAAAAUAAGUAAUGGUGAGUAAUAGUGUGCGCGUGCAUCAUAGAAAAGGGCGGGUAUGAAGCAGGCGCGUGCUGAAGAGCAGCUGUUUAGUUGACACGCGCCGUUGAACUUUUGAAAGUCCCGAGGCGGGCUGUUACCUGUAGCUGAACGAGGUUGAACCACACAGAGUUACGGUUGAGCACAGAGAGCCGAUAAGUGACUGACAAGGACGAGCAGUGUCGAGGUUGAACUUACCAGAGCAGCCGUCGGUAAGUUGCUCCGUCAUUCCCUUGGAAACGCUUCACUUAGCAACUGAAGGCUACCCUCACUUUCUUAACCUUUGAGGAACUUUACAAGUUUUAUUAGGUGGAAGAUAAGUGUUUCAGAAGCUUAACCUGAUACUGGACGCAGUGUCUGAUUUCCAGUGGCCUUCUGAGUGUUCUGACCGUCCCCUGAGAUGGAUGAAGUAAAUCCGCUGGAGAGGGAGCACUCCCUGUGCGUUGUUCUCCCAGCGGGGAUUGAAAAGAACUUCACAGUGCAUGGAAGUAAACCAGUGAUGGACUUACUCGUGAUGCUCUGUGCAAAUUACCAUCUGAAUCCUUCUGAUUACACUGUUGAGUUCCUGUCGCCUAACAAAAACAACAUCAGCUACAAACCAAACUCUCCUAUUGGCUUGUUGGAAGCUGAGAAGAUUUUGUUGAAGCCUAAGGGGACUGAAGAAAAAACUAAGAAGCCGUACAUGCCUGAAGCAACGGUACGUUUACUGAUCAACUACAGUAAGUCCCAUAAGACAGUGGUGCGGGUGAAUCCCAGGCUGCCACUUGAGAUGCUGCUGCCAGCAGUGUGUGACAAGUGUGAGUUUAACAUAGACACAACCAUCUUACUGAGAGACCCUGAGUCCAAAGAGCCGCUGGACUUGACCAAGACCUUGAACGACCACGGAUUGAGGGAGGUGUUUGCUAAAGAUACAGCAGCUCAGGAAUCCACAGGUUGCCAAAACAAGACAUCUGAAGGAGCUGGCACACCAGCAGAGGUCAUCUCACCAUCUCCACCACAAGACUUGCAAAGGAUGGAAAAGAAACAAAAGAAAAGAGGCUUCUUCAGCUUUUUUAGAAGACGGAAGAAGAAAAAUGAAAUGAAUGGGACAGUGAGUGUGCCUUCUUCUCCCGGCCGGAGCAAACAAGCGAGAGUCCGUGGGAAUUCAGAGAGCAUUUCAUCAACCAACACCCUGCCUGCAGAUAUGCCCAAAAAAAGACCAGCGCCGCAGCCGCCUGUGGCCGUGUCACAGAGUGUCCCCAACGACCUCAGCACCUGCUACGUCAAAGGAGCACAGUCAUCUGCAGAAUCUACGUUAAGGAGUACGAAAAGAAGGGCUCCACUUCCUCCCUGUGCAACCACCAAAGAUGAGCAGAGAGCGGAAACUGAUGUGGGAGAGUCCCUGAAGACUCUGGAAGAGCUGAGAAGGACUGAUGAUUCACAGCCUCAUUCAUCCUUGUCCUCUUCAAGCCCAUCACUGACUCAUCUCCAUAAAGUACCUGACUCCUAUAGGCCUUCAUUUCGAGGGAAAGACUUUUCUGACGCCCGCUCCGCUCUUGCAAGAGUUCUUACAUCUUCAAUUUCCAAAGGGACACUGAUCAGGCGUUUGAGAAACUCUGCCAGCUUCCCAGAUUUCCAUGUGUCCUACUGUAUGUCAACGACUUCAAAGUGCCCAGAUGACGGAGAUUUCUGUGCAGAGUUUGAGUCUGUUUUCAGAUCUAACCUCCUGACUGAGAACGAGUGGGAGGACCCAGUAGAGAGGAGUGGAUUGACUACCUUCAAAGUAGUACCCCCAAAGAAACCAGUUUCCUCUGAUCCAGAGGUGUCUGCCCAGGAUCAGAAAUCAGCAGAUCCUGUGUGUGAAGUUCCUCCUGAGGCUGAAAAAGAUCCACAUUCUAGCAGAUUAGAGAACAGAACAAGGAUUAACUGCUCAGAAACAUAUAUUAAUCAAGUCAAUGACAGCUUAGCUUCUGGUCCACCUUCACAUGACACUCCGUGCUCUUCAGACUUACCUUUCCUUGAUGACAGGGUGACAAGUGAGAAGCGGAAGGAAGAGGAAGAACUAGAAGUCGCUUCUGAUGGAGUUCCACCUGCGCUAUUAGAUGGGUGUGAUUGGGAAAUGACCAACGAUGUUGUUCCGUCUCCUACUGCAGACAUGGUUCCAUGUAGUUCAUGCACCGAUGAAAAAGCUGAGGAGGAUGUUUCACGUGAGGAGGAGGAGGACGCUAUCUUCCCUCCCCCUCCUCCACCUGUCGUUUUUAGCGAGGACAUGGAAACUGUAGAGAAAGACGGUUCCUGGGCUUCAUCUCCAUCUUUUGAAAGAGCUGGUCCCAGCUUGAAUGGGCACACAAGUGCAUUUGUUGAGGCUCGUAGCGACAACUCUCCCCCAGCUGCAUCUGAUCAGUCUUUGGACAAGACAACAGUGGUCACAUCCAGAUUUGCACAAGCAGUAACCAUGGCCGUGCACAGAUCCCGCCUGCAGAGACUAGGCCUUGGUAAAAGCUUAGGCCCCCAAGCCUCUGGAGGUCCAAGCGGUACUGUUCCAUCACCUCCCAGGUCCUCAUAUCAGUACGGUGCCUGACCUGUGUCUGUAUGCAGCUCUAAAUGAGGCUGAGCGCUCAGGUUGGACGGAGGACACCGGGCUCAAUGUUUAAUCUGACCUAGGCCACCUCAUUCAGCUUUAAGAGUUUAGUUUUCCAUAACCUAUAUGCAUUUUGUUUUUAUUUUUCAUGUUCACAUUUUGAAACAAACGCUGUGCUGCGGAGAGCGCCAAAUGUACAGACAUGAGUUGCUGAGCUAAGAAUUUCCUGUUUUUUCUUAGACUUCCUUUUUACAAUACAUUCAGCAUGUGCCAAAAUUGAUGACGCUGAUAUGAGAGCUUUUUGUUGUUUAUUUAAAACAAAUGUGAAGUAACCUAAUAGAGCAUUUCUGUAUGUAUUGUAGUACGUAUUGUUUGAAGAGUACAUUCUAAAUACAGUUUGGUUUUCAGCCAGCAGGUGGCAGAAGAGUGUUACUUGGAACAUUAAAAUCCUGACAGCUUUUAUUUUUAAGACAUUUUCACAUAAUCCAUUCUAGUGGAUGUAUCGCUGUUUAUUUGCAACACAAUUGUUGUAUUUUUAAAAGGAAACCUUUGUAAAUUGUGUUUACUGAGUAAGUACUAAGUAAGUUAAGCAUUCCUUAACGUCCUUUUCAAUGGCAUGCCUAAAAUAAACAAAGCCCCAAAAAGUC